AUGACGGCCAAGAAAGAUUCCAAGAAUAACAAGUCGGCCUCGGGAGGCGUGAAUGCCACGACACUGAAUCUGACAUGGAUUGAUAGAAUAGAGCGCGAGCAUAAGGCUUCGAAAGAGCAUACUACCAAAUGGGCUGAAUACCAAGCGGCUCUGUAUCCAGAGAGUGGCGCUAAGCUUCAGCAGAUGAGUCUCUGGAACCCUGCAUCAUCCAUAUCAUACAAGGUCGAGAAAACGCCCAGACCAUUCCCUACUACCCAACACAUUGUUGGAAUGUCUUCAAGACCGGCUCCUCCCCCAGCCCCAAAGUCUAGAUAUCAUCACCCUGCAACAGAAGGCAUGGAAAUAGGAUGGGUGUAUGAGGGCUCCAAGUCCGUGCUGUCGUUAGAGUCAAAACUAUUUUAG